AUGAACGUGAACAAGCGACCGAAAAUACCAAUUAUAAGAUGCGAUCAAUAUCAGGGAUCGCGGAAAGAAUCAGAAAUAUCCACGUUAACAGAACAAAGUUGUCACGGCUAUGCAUUGGACACGCUUCCGCCGGAAGUUUUGGAGAUGAUUCUUCGGUUACUGCCUCUUCAUGAUGUUGCCACUUCCGUCCGUUUAGUUUCUAGACACUGCUCAACGGUUGCAGCAGCAGUUUUAAAUGCCGCCUUUCUGAUGGCUUGCGCGAAGGUGGAUGGUAUAAUAAAGCGCAACGAGAACGUCAUGAAAACUACAAAAACGGACGCUGAAUUAUUUGCCUGUAGCAAAGCUUUAGACGCUCUAGAGCUAAUUAAGGCACAGUACAAAAUGCUACGAGCCGUCACUUGGAGGUAUACACAUCCUCCGACGAAGCAACAAAAAUUUCCAAGGCUUUGUUUCUACGCUGGUAGUCUGCUCGACAACCUGAACGAGCUACUUAGUCAAAUUUCAAAGUAUCACUCGUCCAUCAUCAGUCCUCGUACAGCAGAAUCGACUAUCUCUUCUUUUAUAGCCAUCUGCAAACGGUUCAUGAACUUCUUUGAAAAAGUCUCCGAACGCAGAGUGAACAGAUCGGCCCUGAUUUCCGGAUGCAAGAUCGUAGACGUUCUGGACUGUCUCGUAGAAGGUCGACAAGUACUCUUUUUCAAAGUAUUGACUAACAAACGAGAUACCGGGAGAAUUGUCAGCAUGAAAUUGAAAUACACAAUGAAACGCGCUUGGUUCACCAGUCUAGAUGUUUCCAAAAAGGCCGAAGAGAAUUCUUGGAGAGACGAACAACGUUUCAUGUAUCUUCGAUUACGACGUCUAGUAGGCAGUGUGAACGAACACCUCUUCGAGAACUUACAUUACGAACACGAAUUACUCUUACAGAUUCCUUUGACACUCCCGUUAAGACCUCCGCCAGCUUCCACUUACUCAGGAUACGGAGAAUAUGGUGGACGUUUCUUUUACUAUGGAAAUAUGAACAAAUACGCUUACGAGAGCAAAUUCAUGCAGACAGUAAGCACGACGAAUUUAACAGUUGAAACGGAACAACAAGUUCAGAGGCCACCGUCUUUCGAUUUAAUAAUCGAAGUCGAACUGAAAUGCACUCCAGACCUGGCUCCACUUGCUGUUAGAUCGAUAUUAAGAUCGGAUGAGUUCGAAACUUACGAGAUGAAAGUGUGCAGGAAUCAGCAACUUUACUUGCAAAUGAACGUCACGUGUCCAGCAUCGAUAGCUAAUAGAUUACCCGGUAAUUUUGUGUGGGAAUUGCAUAGUCCACGACGUGUACUUAUGGUAGAAGAUAUAUAGUGAAAUCAUAAAUUAAAACAUAAGUUGAGGUCACUAAUUAAAUAAGCAUAUCAAUUGAUCUAGUAGAAGAAAUAUAGGACUGUAUACAUUUAGGCUGAAUGUAGAUACAUAAUUAGUCUGAGAAAGUCUUAAAAUAGAAAUUCCCAAAUU